GAGAUGAUAUCAGUAUUUGGAACUUUACUCAUUCCAUAGGUAUUGAAUCUCUCUAUCUAUUAUUAUUCUAUCAUUUGGAAAAUCUUUAAUCGAUAGUUAAGAAGAGUUGGCAGAGAUUUAUAUAAAUUCAUCAAAAUGGUCAUCACAACUUCAUUCCAGGUCCGUGUUCCCCUCUAUCUUGAUCACGUGUGUGUGUGUGUGUGUGUGGCUUUGAAAAUGGAGGUUUACUAAUAAUGGGAUAAUAGACACAAUUCGCGGUACCUAUGACAUGUGAAGCAUGUAUAAAAGAUAUCGAGAAAUCAUUAUUCCAACUGGGUGGAAUACAGAAAGUUGAAGCGAGUCUUCAGGAUCAACUUGUUACUAUUGAAGGAACAAGUAAGUUAAUAACUCUUUACCCCGCCAAGAGAAUAUGGGGUGUCGGGGAAUUCGUUGUUAAUGUGGUGAAUGGGAAGCUGCUCCUUCGGAGAUUGUAAAGGCGAUUGAGGAGACGGGACGAGAUGCUAUAUUGAGGGGUUCGGGAGGAACUGAUGGUAUGUUUGUUUUUGUUAUGUUUGGGUUGGAGUUGGGGUUCAUUUCUACGGUGCCUUAUUUGUGAAUGCGAUGUUGUUAUUUGUUUUGUGUUUUAGGAUUUUUGUCUGAGAAGUAUUUAGGCGCUGCUGUGUGUAUUCUUGAGACACAUGAUACGACUGUAUCGGAUAAGGUGCGAGGGUUAGUGAGAAUGGUACAGGUAUCUCCUACAUUAACGUUGGUGGAUUUGACAAUUCGAGGAUUGCCAGAGGGGAAUUAUUGGGUUACUGUUAGAGAAGCGGGAGACAUUUCUAAUGGUGCGAUAUCUACGGCGGGUUUAUGGAAGGGAGAUGGUGAAGGUACACCUAAAGGAGUAUUUGGUAGCGUGAAUGUGGGAAAGAAUGGCAUGGGAAGUGUCUUUUUGGAUAAGCCUAUCCAGAUAUGGGAAAUGAUUGGAAGGGGGAUGGUAGUAUCGAACCAACAUGAGGGAGACAGAAAGUUUGAGAAAAAUGACGAGAAUACUCUCGUGGGUGUGAUUGCGCGUAGUGCUGGUGUCUGGGAUAAUGAUAAGACGGUUUGUUCUUGCUCGGGCAAGACAUUGUGGGAGGAAAGGAAGGAUGAGAUUAGCAAAGGUAUGCUCUGACCAUAUAUCAGAUCAUUGUAUAGGAAAUGGAACGAUACCAUGACACGAUAUGUAUGCUUAAAAAGCAUAUCUUCUGCUCC